AUGGCGGCGGCUCCGUUAGCCCACUUCGACGAGGACUGGCAGGACUUCAACGAAUUCAAGGAGUCGUCCGUCGCCCAACUGGACCAGCUCAACUCCAACGUGGCGGCGGCGGCGGGGGGCCCGGACGAUUUGUCCGACCUGGACAACAGUUUCUCGGGGGAGAUUUGCAGCUUCCAGUCCAUGGAGGAUCUCGUUCACGACUUCGACGAGAAGCUAACCGUCUGCUUCCGCAAUUAUAACACUACCACGGAGCACAUAGCCCCCAUCAAACCUAUCACGGAGGAUAAUUACCUCAAAGACGACGAGGUGUGGAACGCUCUGACGGACAAAUACGGCAACGUGAUGCCCGUGGACUGGAAGACGUCGCACACGCGCUCGCUUCACCUGCCCGCCCUCAACCUCAAUCGACGGCAGAAGCCGGACAACCGGUCUUUGGACCUGUCGGACGACGAGGAGCUGAGGGAGCAGAUGGACAUGCACUCCAUCAUCGUCUCCUGCGUUAACGACGAGCCGCUCUUCACUGCCGAGCAGGUCAUCGAAGAGAUCGAAGAGAUGAUGCAAGAGUCUCCGGACGAGGACGAGAGCCCCUCCGGGUCCGAUCUGUCCCGGGACCUCGGCGGCCUCGGGCGCGCCGCCUCCGACGGCGGCUACCGAGAACGCUUGCGUCAGCUGUCGACGCCGGAGCUGAGCGAGGCGCUGGAGGAGGUGGAGUCGGCCAUCCGCGGCUUCAGCGAGGAGCUCGUCCGGGCCUUGGCCCUGAGGGACGAGCUGGAGUACGAGAAGGAGGUGAAGAACAGCUUCAUCUCGCUGCUGAUCGACGUGCAGAACAGGCAGAAGGAGCACCGCGAUCUCUUGCGCAAGAAGAAGAAGAUCCGCGCCGCGACGGGAGCCGACGGCCAGAGGGGCGUCGGCGCCAACGUCCCGGGCACGCGCCUCACACUGGAGGGACUCUCCAAUGUCAUUCAAAAUGGCCUCCGACAAACUUUUGGCACCACGGGAGGGGACAAACAGUACCUGACCACAGUGAUCCCCUACGAGAAGAAAAUAGGCUACCCUGCCGUGGAAGACCUCCAGAUCCUGACAAAGAUCCUUCACGCCAUGAGGGACGACAGCGACAAAGUUCCCGCCCUGCUCACGGAUUACAUCCUCAAAGAUGUUUUACAAGCGGCCGCAAACGAGUUCUUCUCGGCGCGUCUCGAGCACUACCCGCUCUAA